GUUUCACAAGUUGAGGAUGUCCAUUGAAGAAAAUCAGCCAAAAUGGACAAAAAGGACCUCAGAUACUGAGGCGAGUGGGCGUCAGCUGGGUCACAGUGAGAGAUUGGAGGAGAUGAGGGAAAUGGCGACGGACCACGAGCGCGAACUGGCCCUGAUACAUGCUCACAACCAGCAGCUGGAGCAGCAGAGAGACGAGCUGGCCCAUCAGGUGAGUGUCCUGUCUGAGCAGAGCAACACAACUCACCUGGAGAGUCUGCUGAUGGAGCUCAGAGAGCAGGAGGAGAGAAACGAGGAGACGCUGCAACAACUCGCUGAACAUCUUCGUGCAUCACAUUUGCAAGAGGUCUCCGUACCCGCCGUUCAGCCAGAUCCACGCAGGAAUCAAAAGAUGCAUCCUGACAGCUUUGAGCUAAUUUCUUGUGCGGACGGCCCUCUCUCUACACAGAUAAGAGCCCUGUGGCAGGCAUACAUGCAGUCAGGUGGGUCUGAUCCAGCCAUUGUGGCACAAAUGAUUGACCUGCAGGCAGAAGCCCAAAGUCUGGAGAAAAACCAACCAGCGACAGCCGGCGAGGCCAAAAAGAAGAAAGUGAAGCCUCCUCAGCGGGGCCCGAGCUGGGAGCUGCUGGCUGUGGAGCAGGAGAACCAGAGACUGGAGGAGGAGAUCCUCAGGAUGCAGCUGGGCAGGGAGCGACACCAUAACUAUGAUGCAGCAGUGAGGACUGAACUUGAGCUGAUUCAGAGGGAAAACCUCAUGCAGAUUUCCAGUUUACAGGCAGAGAUGCAGAGAAGCAAAGAAGCUCCCAGGCCCAGGAGACAGCCUCCUCCUCAUCCUCCUCUUCCUCCGCCAACUCCACUCCCACUCCAACCCAACACUCACAUUCAUGCACCUCUUUCACUGCUCCAGUCCAGAUCCUUCUCCUCUCCACCGGGAAGAUGCAUGUUGGACUCCCUGGACUCUCUGGGUCCGGCCCCCUACGACCCUGCAGCUGGUUUCGUGGUUUUCUACGACCUGGUGCUGGGAGUGGAUGUCUCUCAGAGGGCGCUGCGAAUGGUGGUGGCUCUUUACUCAGAAGGUCAGGAGGUCGGACCGCCGACUGCCCUUCCCACCGUACAGUGCAUGCCAGGAGUGUCCGUGUCGUACACCCACGGCCUCAGCCCUGGAAACUACGCCCUCCUGUCGGUCAAACAGCCUGUACCCAGGAUCCAACCAUCACCCUCCCUCUCUCUAGUGGUGGAGCUGCAGGCAGCCAGAGAUCUGGAUGUUCACAGCCAGGACGUCUUCAAACUGGCGUCCUGCGGCUGGACACGAAUGGAACUCUUUGACCAAUACAACCAGCUCCGUAGUGGCCACUGGAGGGUGCCAGUGCGCAGUCUGCCUAUCAGACCUUCCUUAAGCUUUGCCCAGCUCAACUCAGUGCCCCAGGUGGGCAACAUGCAGCUGUGUGUACGUUUGGUCAACGGAAGAGACGGAGAUGUUCAGACUCUGGCAAAGCCGGACCCGACCAGCACCAGUCACUAUAAAUAUCCAGCUGUGGCGUCCUCCUCACAUCCUGCGACUGUCCACGGAAAUGCAGCUCUGCCUGUUUCAGCUCCACAGCCCAGAGUAGUGGAUGAACUCUCCUCUUUGUCCUUCACUGAUCACCAGCACCGUCCAACCACAGAGGCCAGUCAGAGUUGAAAAGGACAACAAUGCCAUGCAGAAAACAUCUCUACAAUCAGGAUGCAACAUAUGAACUGUUGUGGAAGUGGUCUUAAUAUGUAGCAGCACAUUUUAAAAUUAAACUGUACAUUUUGAUAAAAGCACCUCAAGUUUGUUAACAUAUAUCUUUUUUUUUAGCUUCAACUAACUAUUAAAUGAUUAAUAUCUGAUUAUUAAAAAUCGCUUGGACAAUGAAAAUGUAGGAAUGGUGAGAAAUGCUCAUCACAAGUUCCCAGAGCCUACGGUGUUUUCAACCAA